GACAACGAGUGAGACACACCCAGAGGAAAAAUGGUCUCAACUAAUGCGCAAGUACAAUCAAAAGGGCUUGAGAAUAGCCUGCUUGCGCGGGUUGGAGUAAAUGGCCAGAUCGAGAGAAGAAGAUUUUUUUUUCCUGUUUUCUUCAAGGGCAAAAUGUCCUGGUAUAAAGUGAUUUCGAAAUAACGUUAUAAAACGACAGAGUCGCCCGUGAAAUGUGCUCUCUCAACAAACAAGCCAGCCGGUGCACUUGUGAAAACAAUCAUGCGCCAAGCAGUUGCUUUUUCUAAGGGCUAGCGGAGCGACACAAAGGCAUGGCAUCAAAUAUAGAGGCCAGCAAAAUGGAUAUGAAAAAGAGAAUUCACUUGGAGUUGCGGAACCGAACGCCAUCAGACGUGAAAGAGCUUGUGCUUGACAACUGUCGGUCAAAUGAGGGCAAAAUCGAAGGCCUCACUGAUGAGUUUGAGGAGCUGGAAUUUUUAAGCACAAUCAAUGUAGGCUUAACAUCAGUUGCCAAUUUGCCGAAGCUUAACAAACUCAAAAAGCUCGAGCUUAGUGAUAACAGAAUCUCAGGGGGUCUGGAGGUACUGGCAGAGAAGUGUCCCAACCUCACUCAUCUCAACCUAAGUGGCAACAAAAUUAAAGACCUCAGUACCAUCGAACCCCUGAAAAAAUUGGAAAGCCUGAAAAGUUUAGACUUGUUCAACUGUGAGGUGACAAACCUGAAUGACUACAGGGAAAAUGUUUUCAAGCUGCUCCCUCAGUUGACAUAUCUUGAUGGAUAUGACAAAGAGGAUAAAGAAGCACCAGACUCUGACACUGAAGCUUACGUUGAAGGACUAGAUGAGGAUGAUGAGGAUGACGAAGAUGAGGCAGAAGAGGAAUAUGAUGAAGAUGCAGCUCCAGGAGAUGAAGAGGAAGGAGAGGAGGAUGAUGAGGAAGAGGGAGAAGAGGAGGAAGAGGAAGACCUCAGUGGAGAGGAAGAGGAAGAAGAGGAGUUAAAUGAUGGAGAGGUAGAUGAUGAGGAAGAUAUCGAUGAGGAGCGGGGUCAGAAGAGGAAAAGAGAGCUGGAUGAGGAAGGGGAGGAAGAUGAUGACUGAACAUGCGCUCCCCAUUGUGAUUGACCGUUUAACCCCUGUAUAUCUGUCAUAUUGUCACUCUGGGAUGGUUUGGGGAUGUAUUGAAAUGGUAGGGGUUGGGGUAGUAUAAACGAGGACACCUUUUAAAUAUUUGUUUUUUUUAGCUUAUUUGUUGUUGUUGUUUUUCUUUGGUUUGUACUUUCAGUUUGAUUCCCUUCAGUUUCUCCUAAAGCUCUUCAAAUGGCUGACAACACCGUGUUGAAAUUGAUUGUUUGGGAAAAAAGAUCAGUAUGCUCUUUGUAAUUCUCCCCUCUUUACUGUUGAUGCCUAAAUUCUGAUUCUUCUAUAUUAAAAAAGAAAAGGAAAAAAAAAAACAACCAAAAACCUUUUAGAAGUGCAUGGCUGACUCUGACUCUGUUUUAAAGUUGACUACUGGUUUUCAAGGAAGAACCUUUCCUAACACACUUUUUAUUGCAUCUUUGAUUUCUUUAUUGCGUUUAUUUGGUGUUUUUAUCAUUAUCACCACCACCACCAUGUUAUGUGCUGUUUGGGCAUGAAGAAUAGAUCAUGAUGUCUGCUUGGACAUGCACAGUUCAACCUCUCAAUGUGACUUAUUUUAUUUUUUUUAAUGUUCAGAGCUGAAUGUCUGCCCUUGUCAAAUGAGUCCUAAACCCCUUCUCCCUUUUGUGUGGAUAGUUCAGAGGUUUUGUGUUCUUUGUAAAUAAUGACCAAAUAUAUUUUUUUUUUCUGAUUUCCUUUGAUAAUGGCAGACAUUUUCACAAAUAAUCUCAGUUGUAACCAUUAA